AGUAGUCGAUGGGCCUAUCUUGAGUUCGAUCAUCCAGAGAAAAAUGGGGGAGAAAUAUGCCGUGAAGCUACAUGCUAUCAUGAUUGCAGUCCCUUACCAAGGUCACGCCAACCCAUUUACCCAUCUCGCAAUCAAGCUAGCUUCAAAGGGCUUUACCAUCACUUUUGUUCAUACUGAAGAUGCUCACCAUCGAAUAUCCAAAUCCUACCAGAAGCGUAACAGCACAAGUAAUAGCAACGAGGUUGAUAUCUUCUCUGAAGCUCGUGAUUCGGGCCUUGAUAUACGUUACACGACCAUCUCCGAUGGCUUUCCUUUGGAAUUCGACAGAAUCCAUAACAUCGACGAGUACUGGGAGUCUAUGUUCCAUGAUUUUCCAUCUCGUGUCGAUGAAUUUAUUGGGAAUUUGAUCGAGUCGUCUGACCCGUCGUUGGUGCCGUUCCUGGUUGCUGAUACUGUUUAUUCAUGGCCUGCAACGAUUGCCAAGAAGUACAACCUAGUGAACGUCUCAUUCUGGACAGAGCCAGCCUUGGUAUUUGCUAUUAGUAAUUAUUACUUCGACCUUCUAAGUACAAAUGGUCAUUUCCCACGUACAGAUGAUCCCUUGUACUCCAUUGAUUACAUUCCUGGAGUUGAGUUGAUUAGUAACAAGGACUUGAUGCCGUAUCUUCAUGAAGUUGACACCACAACAGUCACUCACAAGAUUCUUAUCAAGGCAUUUGAGGAGGUUAAGAAGGCAGAUUUCAUCUUACACAACACAGUGCAAGAACUAGAACUCUACACUCUAUCUAUCCUGAACCAAAAACAACCAACAUAUGCAAUAGGUCCUGUCAAUUUGUCCUCUGAGUGUAUCAAAACCCGUGUAUCCAAGAGCCUAUUCUUUGAAAUAGACUGCUCCAAAUGGCUCGAAUCAAAGCCUCCCGGCUCAGUCUUGUAUGUCUCAUUUGGUAGCAUUGUUCAGACCAAUAAGCAGAUAAUUGAAGCGAUAGCUCAAGGACUUCUCCUUAGUGAAGUAAGUUUUAUUUGGGCAAUUCGCCCCAAGAUUGUUAGCUCCACUGAUGACAAUGAAAAUGUUUUACCAGAUGGAUUUGAGGAUAAUAUUAAGGAUAAAGGGUUAAUUGUCCCCUGGUGCAAUCAAAAUGCCGUCCUCUCCAAUCCAGCAGUUGGAGGAUUUCUAACACACUGCGGGUGGAAUUCAAUAUUGGAAAGCAUGUCAUGUGGUGUUCCAAUGAUUUGUUAUCCGAUAAUGUAUGAUCAGCCCACUAACCGAAAAUUGGUGGUUGAUAAUUGGAAGAUUGGAGUUAAUCUCUGUGAUGGCGUAUCUGUUAAUGGGGCAGAAGUAGCAUCGAAGAUUAAGCAGCUAAUGUGCGAAAAAACAUCAGUUGGCAUCAGGAAUGAGAUGAUGAAAUUCAGGAGCAUACUGCAUGAUGCGUUGGCUGAGGAGGGAUCGUCCAACCGAAAUUUUGAUCAAUUUAUCCAGGAUUUAAGACAUAAAAUGCAUGCUUAGAAGGAGAAUGUAUCAUCAGAAAUUCAGAUGUUCUUGUGGAAUUGAGAAAAUGUCGGAAUUACAUAUUUUGACAUCUAGGAAUAUAAUGUUGUCUGUAUUAUAUUA